UGUCACUCACACCCAUUCUGCUCUCGAGUCUCUCCAGUUUUGGCAGGGCGGGGACUUUUAAGUUUUGCUUCCACUGUAGCACAUCUUCACUGCUGCAGUGGUUCACAUGCUUGUGCUGUUCCCAAAGCGUCUUCUCACUUCAUUUAGUUAUCAGCUUUUCCGUGGAAGGUUACGUGGCUUUGCAGAGGACGAUUUGCACAUGAAACGGGAACUUUAACGGCGUCAAAGGGCACAUGUAGAGAUCUUCAGGAUUAUGAGAAAAAGCUUGCUGUAGGCAAGAUCAGUUCUGUAUGUGCUAAUGGAGGCGUGGGUGAUGUGUGUGCUGGUUCUACUGCUGUUGGCCUUGGUGGUGUCUGGCGUGGAGGGCCGUGCAGGAGCCCCCCACCCUGACAGCUUGAACAACGCGGGAGCCCCGCCUCAAUCCGCGCGCCCAUCCGGGCCGAAAGCUGGCCGCUGCUCCUACACCUUCGUCGUACCCCAACAGAAGCUGAAGGGGGCGCUGUGCGUGAGCACGGAGAUGGGCCGGGCCAACGGCUCGGAGACGGCGGCUCUGCGUGCCCGGCUGGACCGCCAGCAGGAGUGGCUGGAGAGCCUGCGGGGGCAGCUCGAACAAGAGGGGGCGCUGGCGAGCGAGGUGCGUGCGCUGCGCAGGGAGAGCGACGGCAUGAACACCCGCAUCGGCCGGCUGUAUGCCCAGCUCCUGCGCGAGGUCACGAACAAGCAGGACCAGGCACUAGAGCAGAGGCAACUGGAAAGCCGGCUACUGAACGCCACCGUGCAGGUGCUGCAGAUAUCCAGCAGCUAUCGAGAGCUGGAGAGGAAGUACGAAGCCCUCACCUCACUGGUGAGCAACCAGAGUCAGCUGAUGACCCGCUUGGAGAAACACUGUCAGUGUCGCAAUGUCACUGAAAUGUGGCAGGUAGCUGCGUCAUCAGCGUCUAAUCAGCCCACAAGACUGCAGAAUGUCAACAAUGUUCAGAGAGACCAGAGCGCCCCCCAGCGGCAGGUGAAAACACAGCAGAUGCAGGGAUCCACGUUGCCAGAUCUCCGUACAGAUACACCGUUCAUCAGCUACCCUGUGACUAAAACUCCAGGGCCAUGGCGGGACUGCCAGCAUGUUCUGGACUCAGGAGAAAGCACCAGCGGCAUAUACCUACUGCGCCCGCGCAAUUCCAACCGUCUGCUCCAGGCCUGGUGCGAACACGGCCACGCUGAAGGCGGCUGGACCGUCAUCCAGAGGAGACAGGAUGGCUCCGUCAACUUCUUCAGGACCUGGGAUCAAUACAAACAAGGCUUUGGGAACCUGGACGGUGAGUACUGGCUGGGCCUGGAGCACCUGUACUGGCUGACGUCACAGGCCUCCUACAAGCUUCGAGUCGUGCUGGAGGACUGGCAGGGCCGCCAGGUGUUUGCCGAGUAUGACAGCUUCCGCCUGGAGCCCGAGAGCGACUGGUACCGCCUGCGGCUGGGCAACUAUGAGGGUACGGCAGGCGACUCCCUCUCCUGGCACAGCGACAAAGCCUUCACCACUCUGGACCGUGACAAGGAUACCUACUCUGGCAACUGCGCCCACUUCCAGAAGGGUGGCUGGUGGUACCACAUGUGUGCCCACUCCAACCUGAACGGGGUGUGGUACAGAGGGGGCCAUUAUCGAAGCCGCUACCAGGAUGGGACCUACUGGAUGGAGUUUCACGGUGGCUCUUACUCGCUGAAAAGGGUCGCCAUGAUGAUCAAACCUAUCUGAACUGAGCAGGAGAGAAGUCAGCACACUGAGACUGGCAAAGACCCAGUGAACCCGAGACCGGAGCAUGUGUAGGGCUGAUCCACCUGGAUGGGCCGAUCACCUAGAUGCAUGCUGAUGUACAAGAGGCUUUAAGAAGAUGAUGAUUUUUAUUGUACAAUCUCCAGUCACUGACAUGAAGAUUGUAAAACCAGUAUUGUAAAAGGUUCCAAUAUUUUUGUAACAUUUAUAUAAUAACAUUCAUUAUAGACAUACUCAGUUCUAUUACAUCAACCCAAAUGGCAAUAUCAGACACAAUAUAGUGCACAUUGUCUCUGAUACUGUCAUUUGGAUUGAUGUAUUAGAACUGUGUAUGUCUAUUAUGAAUGUUAUAUAGGGUUAUAUGGUGUUUUUGAUUUACUUUCAAGCCUUUUGUGUUUGUUUUGUGUGUGUGAGUAGUUUUUGGUUGUGCAUGUGAGACAAUAUCUAAGUUAACUUCUUAUUAGACUCUGUAGCAUUUGUGCCAUAUUUGUAAACAUAUACAACCGGUUUGUUAUAAAUAAAUGGCAAAACUGCACUCAA